AUGCCGUGUGAUGGGAGACCAGGUGUGCGCAGGUGGCUGACCUUUAGCUCUGGCCUGCUGGAGUGUCUCUGCUUCGCCGGAGCCGUGUUCGGAUGGGCCUCUCUCGUUAUUGUCCUCCGGAGCGAAGGAUAUUUCAGUGCAUUAUGUUUUAACUCUACAGCAGUCAGAGCCUCAGCACCAAACAGUACUGCCAACAUCAGUCAGAGACUCUACAGCAGCUUCACUGGACUCAACACUACACACACACUGGAGUGCAGUGAUCAAGAUGAGAGCUUUUCUCUUGUGUUCACCAUCACAUCCUUUGCAUCAAACUUUCUGUCCUUUCCCAGUGGGUUCAUCUUUGACUGGUUGGGGACAGCCAUCGCUCGGCUCUGUGCAAUAUGCAUCUUCACUGUGGGGACGUUAAUGGUGGCGUUCUCAACACCAGGGCUGUCGGUGCUGAUUUUCCCUGCUCUGUCGCUGAUGGGGGUCGGUGGCAGGAUGUACCUCAUGACCAACAUGCAGGUGGGGAACCUGUUUGGGGCGCGCCGCUCCACAGUCAUCACAGUCUACACUGGAGCUUUUGGGUCCUCUUCGUUACUCUUCCUGAUCAUUAAGUUGCUACAUGAAGCUGGUGUCUCUCUACACAACUCCUUUCUGUUCCUGUCAACCUGCAGCAUCUUUCUGGUGCUCAGGACGUUCUUCCUGCUCCCACUGAACCGAAUCCCCUAUCCGCUGCCAGAACACUACACCUAUGGGAUAACCUGUAAAGCAAACAAUGUAGUUGUGGGACACUUGGAAUCAAACAAUAAUUCCCACUCAACAGCAAAUGAAACUCCUGCAGUGAACGACACAUGCUUAAAUGAAGAUAUGAGUUUCCAAGAGUGUCUGCAGUCCAGUUUCUUCUUCUGGCAUGUGCUCUGGUUGGCAGUGAUACAGCUGAGGCAUUACCUGUUCAUUGGCACACUAAACCCAAUGCUUCAGAGGCUCACUGGAGCGGACCAGGCCGUGGUGAGCCAAUACAGCAACACAUUUGCUGUGACCCAGUUGUGUGGUGUCCUGUGUGCGCCCUGGAAUGGUCUCAUCAUGGACAAACACCGGGCCAAGCUCAAAUCUAGGGGUCUUGAAGAGCAUGAGGCAGACCUGCGGGCUGCGAUGCUGUCUCUCACACUGACCUCUCUCCUGUGUGUCCUGUUCUCGGUCUGUGCCAUGAUCCCUGUCCUGCCGCUCCAGUACUUCACCUUCUUUCUGCAGGUCUUAAACCGAGCCUUUUACACGGGCAGUGAUGCGGCCUUCAUCCAAGUCAUGUGA